AUGGCUGACGAAGCUGUUUACGUCUUGACAGAUUAUUUGCAGUCCUUGGAUAAUCUUCCCGAUGAAACCAAGCACAUAUUCGAUGAGAUAAGUGUCAAGGAAAUGGCGCUUCAUGAUUUAGGGAAACAAAUUCAAACAGCAGACCAACAAAUUCAAUCGCAUGUCAAAUCUCAGGGUUCGCACAUUCCCCAUCCCAAAGAAGAGUCUUUUUACACCUCUAUAAGAGAAAAAUAUGAAAAGUCCAUUAUUAUUCAGAAUGAAAAGGUUCAACUCGCAGAGCGCGCACGAGCAGUGUUAAUGAGACACAUAAAACGCUUGGAUGAUAAGCUUAUGAAGUUGGGUCCUGGAUUUACCCCGGCGGAAUUAUUGAAUCAAGCGAAUGACCUGACUUCUCUUUCUUCGGUUUCCUUAAAUUCUCCUGCUGGGGCUAGUGCUCGUCAAGCUCCCGUUCAAGCUCGCAAUGGUGUUGGACGGCGGCAAAGUUCGAUUUUCGGUCGAACUGCUUCUCAAAAUGGAGGAUUCCAGCAGGGUGUGGUGGAUGGCGUUGGCGCUGGUCGGCCACAAAGACCUACAGGUACAAUUUCCAAAGCACCCAGCGUCAAAGCCGGAGCUGCUGCAUAUAGUGAAGCAGUGUCUGAAGAGGAGGAGGAUCAGGAAGAAGAGGAUAACGAGAAGUACUGUUUCUGUCAACAGGGAUCUUAUGGUCAAAUGGUUGCUUGUGAUAAUGAAGAUUGUGAACGAGAAUGGUUCCACAUGGAAUGCGUUGGUCUAAAGGCACCACCAGAGGGUACUUGGUAUUGCGAAGCAUGCCGUGAAAAAAUGGGAAAUUAA